ACCUCACUACCUCGCGGUGCUAGUUGGACCGGCCACUCAUCGAAUAGCAAACGCAGUGUCAGAGUAACCUGGAAACAACAAGAGACGAUGAGCCGCCAUGUGGCCGUCCUCCCGGACGAUAUCCUGCAGACCAUAGCGACGAAAUUUAACGGAGAAGAAAGCGCUGAAGGAAGUGCUACGACGAAAGUGCUCCGAUUCCUCCGACUACCACAUCCCCGUACUGGAUUACCUGCAUUAUUUUUUCCUCCCGAGCUGCCAGACAGAUCGAAGUCAACGAUACUCGAGGUGCAGGCUGUGACACCUCCAAACCCGCGGUCAUGGUUCAUGCCAGAGGGUGAGGUCAUGAAGGAUGGGCAACUACUGAUUCUUACGCCUGUUGACCCGGUAUUUCUCCUUAUACCUUUGUUACGAUGCUCAUGUCCGACUGAUAAUGCGCCGAGUAACUUUCGCUCUGCGGAGGAUCUCUUUGAGGUAGCCACGUCAGCAUACCUCCAGACGUCGGGAAGUACACCGUCGCAAGGGGAACCAACACCUUACUCCUCGGACGAUCUGCUACGCCUUCUAUCGUACAGAUGUAUAGACAGUGCCAUGAGGCGGAUCUGCGAGGUCAAAGAGAUCACUGCGGACAUCGUCGUGUAUCGUUACUCGCAAGAGAAGACGACGAACUAUCUGAAGACCAAAGUAGAUAGGCUGGCCAAACCGGCGAUAUGCGAGACAUCGUCGACCAUCGUUCGUCAGCUGGCAAAGGAUGGUCUAAUGGACGACGGCAAGGAAGAACUGUUAAGUUCUGCACGAAUCAAGGCAGCUUGCGAACUGCUUUCGCAAUACCUUUCAAAUGAUCUAUACACAAUCCUCCUAACACAAUACGACUUCGCUGCGCUCGAUGCGCAUCUCCAAACCAUCCAGGCGGAACAGAUGGCUAGCAUUGAGGACACACCGAUCCCCAAGGCGAAGAGAGGAAAGGCACAAAGCCAGACUGGAGAGGCGGCUGAGAAGAAGCGGAAAGCUCCAGCGAAAGCCUCGACCGGCGUGGAGAAGCUGAAGAAGGUAAAUGUCAACGGGAUGUCGAAGAUAUCCAGCUUCUUUCAGAAGCCUGCAAAGUAGCUUGUCGGUCUGUCUCUGUUUUCUUUCUGGAACUUGUAAUAUAUGUAUUGUCUUGGGUUGUGUAUAGACUGGUGAGUGACUGACUGC